UUUUGGUGGAGGACGAGAGGCCAGAUAUGUUCUCUCAUCUGGUAGGCGUCAUCAACUAAACUCACGAAUUCCAGGAAAACUGAGAGUUAAAUACGUAAACCUUUUUCUUUAUAUAUAUAUAUACAGAUAUAUACCGGGUAUGUAAGGUUGCGGGUCGUAAAAAACAAGCGGGUUUACCUGCAUUUUCACAAGAUCGAGAUGUCGGGAACGUACUAUUUUGUUAUCGUGGGGCAUUUCGACAAUCCAGUGUACGAGAUCGAGUUCCACCCAUCCAACAAGCAGGCGAACAAGGAAGACCACCGCUACCUCAGCCAGUUCAUUGCUCACGCAGCGCUGGACCUUGUGGACGAGUGCGUAUGGACGACGAACAACAUGUACCUCAAAGUUGUAGACAAGUUCAACGAGUGGUUCGUCUCGGCGUUCGUCACAGCCAACCGCAUGCGAUUUCUGGUUUUACAUGAUGUCAAGAACGAAGACGGGAUCAAGAACUUUUGCACGGAAAUGUAUGAGUUCUACGUAAAGUACGCUCUCAACCCCUUUUAUGACCACAACACACCCAUCAAGUCAGCAGCGUUCGACGAGAAGGCCAGGUUUUAUGGCCGGAAGUACCUUACUGGAUGAUUGGAAGCCCCAAUUUCUAUGUGUUGGAUCUACGGUGCAUUGGGUUCAGUGCUCUGGGCAGCAUUGCAUCUUGGAGGAGCGGGUUCUAGGAACUUUCCCUGCCGCUUCCUGGCAGAGCCAAAUACCAUUGUCAUUGCCGCGUCAUGGGCAAAGCCUCAUUUCUUGUCUGAAAUUAAUUAUUUGUGAAUUGAAUUAUGGCUGUAUGUGAAGUUGCAUUUUCAGAACUGUGCCACGGUGCAUGGGGUCGUUGGGGUGUGUGUAGGCAAUCUUUGUGAGCACUUGGAUAUAAUAACUUGAGUUGUCCAAAUAAAAAAAAAGUCCUU